UUAUCUGUCUCACUACUAUUUAAACCACACAAGAGUCCUCUAAAAACUUAAUAAGAAGAGAGACAUCAAAAUGUUUCCAUAUUUUCACAUUCUUCUUCUUCUUGUUGUUCUGAGUUUUAAUGGAAUAUUUGGAAGAGGUAAAAUUAUUAUUAGCAAAGAAGCUUUGGCUGAACAAGAAGCAGAUCGAGUUAUCAAGUUACCCGGUCAGCCAACGGUGAGUUUCAAGCAAUAUGCUGGAUAUGUUACUGUCAAUGAGACUCAUGGAAGAGCACUCUUCUACUGGUUCUUUGAAGCUACUACCACUCCUGAGAAGAAACCACUUCUUUUAUGGCUCAAUGGUGGCCCAGGAUGCUCGUCAAUUGGCUACGGUGAAGCAGAGGAGCUAGGGCCUUUCUUGACACAGAAAAAUAAGCCAGAGCUCAAGUUCAAUAAUUUCACUUGGAAUAAAGCGGCAAACUUAUUGUUCUUGGAAUCCCCUGUUGGUGUUGGAUUUUCAUACACAAACACCUCCACUGAUAUCAAAAAGCUUGGAGACACUAUUACAGCCCAAGAUUCAUAUAACUUUUUGGUCAAUUGGUUUCGAAGAUUUCCACAAUUCAAGUCCCAUAAAUUCUACAUUGCUGGUGAAAGUUACGCUGGGCACUAUGUUCCUCAGCUAGCAGAGCAAAUCUUUGACAACAAUAAAAAGGUCAAAAAAGCGGACCACAUAAAUUUCAAAGGAUUCAUGAUAGGGAAUGCAUUGAUGGACGAUGAGACAGACCAAAAGGGAAUGAUAGAUUAUGCAUGGGAUCAUGCAGUGAUAUCAGAUCAUUUGUACGAUUCCAUUAAGAGAGCUUGCAAUUUCAGCUCGGAACAUCUAGGAGGGGAGUGCAACAACCUUCUUAGUCGGUACUUUGCUGUUUACCGUAUUGUAGACAUGUAUAGCCUUUACGCCCCCAAAUGCGUUCACAGCAGCAGCAGCAGCAGCAGCACCAGACCCCUUCCAACAAUCAAUGGAGCUGCCCCCAAGUCCUUCUCCAGAAUUGAAGGAUGGCACCAAAGACCAACAGGGUACGAUCCAUGUUUGUCCGAUUACACAGAAACUUAUAUGAAUAGACAAGAUGUUCAAGCUGCACUACAUGCAAAUAUCACUAAAAUUCCUUAUCCAUGGACUCAUUGCAGCAAUAAUAUAUCAUUUUGGAAUGAUGCACCAUCUUCCAUGCUCCCUACCAUCAAGAAACUAAUCGAUGGUGGUCUGCGCGUUUGGGUGUACAGUGGAGAUACCGAUGGUAGAAUCUCAGUCACUUCUACAAGAUUAACUUUGAGAAAACUUGGAUUGAAGAUCACUGAAGAUUGGACUCCUUGGUACACUAACAAUAAGCAGGUUGGUGGAUGGACAGUUGCCUAUGAUGGACUACUCUUUGUGACUGUAAGAGGAGCUGGUCAUCAAGUCCCAACAUUCAAGCCAAAGCAAGCUCUACAGCUAGUUAGACAUUUCUUGUCCAAUAAGAAGCUGCCAUCUGCCCCAUUUUAGCCUUUUCUUUAACCCUUUCUGCCCUUUUAGUGUUAAUCCUGAGGGUAGCUUAUUGUCUUUAUAUUUUUUAAUCUCAUUUUUUUUUUUUUUUUCAGUUUUUACUUUUGCUCUCGUCAUACCAAUUCCCCCAGAAAAGAAAAAGAUCGUCAAUUUUAGAUUAAAUAUUCCAAUGUAAGGAAGUAAUGGAAAAGAAUAAGAAAAGUAUGAAAGAUUUCUCUCUCUA